AGGAGCGCAGACGGACUGCAUGUUUGGAUACUGACCGCCGGUUUUGGAGCCACACGGAUGUUUUGAAGCAGCUUUGACUGGAUCUGUGGGAUUAAACGUCGGAUGCGGACAGCUGGAGAGACUUUUGGCUCAGGACCUGAGGAGAUAUGGCUAAUAUAGCUCUGUGUUGCCUCCUGCCUCUGUGGCUACUGCACCUGGUGGCGUCCUCAGGCAUGUUUGAGCUGAAGGUCCAUGCGUUUAGCACCUCGCGGCGGUUCUGCCGGCGGCCACGCGACUGCAACAUCUUCUUCCGCAUCUGCCUGAAACACUCGGAGGACGUGAUCUCCGCCGAACCCCCGUGCACCUACGGGACGGGGCAGACGGGCGUAAUGAGGGCGGAGCACAGCGCCAUCGCCAACAGCGCCGCCAUCCGCGUGCCUUUUCACUUCAAGUGGCCGGGAACCUUUUCCCUGGUCAUCGAAGCCUGGAAUGCAGAGUCACCCAAAGAGCAUCCUGACUACACAGAGAACCAGAAUAACCUGAUUAGCCGUUUAGCGACGCGGCGGCGGUUGGCCAUCGGGGAAGACUGGUCUCAGGACGUUCACUUUGGCGAGCAGAGCGAGCUGCGCUACUCUUAUCACGUCUUCUGCGAUGAGUUUUAUUAUGGAGACGCGUGCUCGGAUUACUGCCGGCCUCGGGACGACACGCUGGGACACUACACCUGCGACGAAAACGGGAACAAGCAGUGUCUGGAGGGCUGGCAGGGGGACUACUGCUCUGACCCCAUCUGCUCAGCCGACUGCAGCGAUCGCCACGGUUACUGCGAGUCUCCUGGGGAGUGUAAGUGUCGUCUGGGUUGGCAGGGUCUGUCCUGCAGCGAGUGUGUGAGGCACCCCGGCUGUCUCCAUGGCACCUGCACGCAGCCGUGGCAGUGCGUGUGUAAGGAGGGCUGGGGGGGACUCUUCUGCAACCAGGACCUGAACUACUGCACCAACCACCGGCCCUGCGCUAACGGCGCCACCUGCACCAACACAGGCCAGGGCAGCUACACCUGCACCUGCAGGCCCGGCUACGGAGGCACCAACUGCGAGCUGGAGAUCAACGAGUGCGACUGCAACCCCUGCAAGAACGGAGGCAGCUGCAACGAUCUGGAGAAUGAUUACUCCUGCACGUGUCCUCAGGGUUUCUAUGGUAAGAACUGUGAGAUAGUGGCCAUGACAUGUGCCGAUGACCCCUGCUUUAACGGAGGAACGUGUGAGGAACGCUUCACCGGAGGCUACGUGUGCCGCUGUCCUCCAGCCUAUACUGGCUCCAACUGUGAGAAGAAACUGGACCGCUGUAGCCACAAACCCUGCGCGAACGGUGGUGAUUGUGUGGAUGUGGGGUCUUCCGCGUUGUGCCGUUGCCGUCCCGGUUUUUCCGGCCCGCUCUGUGAGGUGAACGUGGACGACUGCCUCCAUUCUCCGUGCCAGAACUCAGGCACCUGCGUGGACGGAGUGAACGACUACACCUGCAGCUGCACGCUGGGCUUCACUGGCAAGAACUGCAGUGUGCGGGCUCACGCCUGCCUCACACACCCCUGCCUGCACGGCGGGACCUGCUACACACACUUCUCGGGCCCUGUGUGCCAGUGCGUGCCGGGCUUUAUGGGCCCCAGCUGCGAGUUCCCUGUGCUGGAGCGGUCAGCGGCAGCGGCAGCGGCGGCCGCUGCUGCUGCUGCUGCCCGGAGCUCCAGGGGCUCCUCACCGUCCACCGUGGCUGCAUCGUGUGUGCUAGGAGUGCUCGCCGUGUGUUUGGGGAUUUGUGUGGGGCUGGUGGUCCUGAGGCGCAGAAGGCAGAGGCUGCGGAGGCGGCAGCUGUGCGAUUCCGUCUUCAACGACCUGGAGACGGUCAAUAACUUUGACCGGCAGCAGCAGUACCCCUAUGAGCGGGACUUCCUGACCAGAGUGGUCAGUCAAGCGAAGCCUAGCAACACUGAGGCCAGACUUAGCUGCCCGCUAGCUCCAGCGCACACGCUGCCAGCUGGGCGGGACUUCCUGUGGAGCGCUGGAGGGGUGGGCCUGAGAUAAAAACUCAGAUGUAAACACGUUCAAAGGUUCAGGGAAACUAGAUUCACAUAUAUGAGCAGUACACAUUAAAGCAGGGGGCUGUAGGUCUCUGGAGUCUGUUGUUAUCUCUGGGGGGAAUAAUGAACGUUCCAAAGCUGGAACAUUUUGUCCUGCGUACGUUUUAAUUCUCAGAAUUACGAGGCAGUUUAGCAGCCAAACUAGAACUAAUGCUACAAGUGAGCUGGUGCCGUCAUCUACUACUACAACACUAUUAUAUACCAAAACCAGCUACUCAAACUGUAGCCAAAAAGGGCCAAAGUAGCUAAACUACCAGUUAUUUUGGGGGGUAUUUUGGUGAGGUCACCAGUCUUCGGAUGUCACUUCACUCCACAGAAGUGUUAGCACGCAGCAGUGCUUGUAUUUUGGCUCCUUGAUGACUUCGCAACUCAGAGAAUCUGAGGAAAAACAUCCAUAUGACAAAAUAUUCGAGCUUUGGGACCAUUUAGUUCAGCAGAAAGCAAGAUCUGUUUCAUAAAUGAAGCUCAUUUUUCUCAGAAAACUAACUCAGGCCCUCCUAAUAUGACCACGAUCCCAACACCAGAACGGCAACUUCAGAGGUCCACUAACCAAAGCAGGGUUUCUCAGUUAGCCAGAUAAGCUAAAACAACGAUUUGGCCAUCCAGACCCGACACGAAUCCCACCUCGACUUGCUUAUGUGGCCUCAGCAACUUUGUCGGUUAUCCAGGUAACGUAAGCCAAAAGUGAGGACCGUCCAAUAGUAAGAAAAUCUCCCGUUUUAACUCAUUUUAUCCAGUAAAACUGAGAAGCCCUGCUUUAUACGGAAUACAGUCCUGCUUUAUACGGAAUACAGUCCUGCUUUAUACGGAAUACAGUCCUGCUUUAUACGGAAUACAGUCCUGCUUUGUGAAACAAACUCAGAUAAAAGCAAAACUCUGAUACGCUUACAGGGCCGAGGGUAAAAAUGUGAGCACUUCUUUUUUCUCUCCUCAUUUCCUUAUUAUUACAGUGGGUGUGUCUACAUGCACCCAAUAAUCCGACCAUAACGCUGCAGUUAUCUGAUUAUUCAGCCGUGCUCAUGUAAACAACACGCUCCGAUUUCUUAGAUCUGAGUCAGGUCUAGAAAUCCGAUGAAGAAAUCUGAUGUUGAGGCUGGAUUUCAGUAGUCAGAUCAGUAGUCAGAUGAACUCUUACUCUGAUUUCUUUCGCACUUCUCAGUCUGUGCGUGUGCGGAAUCAGGCCGCGGUACCGGGAAUACGCAGCGGUGUUGCCGCGACCCGCAGCUGAAACACUUUUGGAGCGACGCUGAAACCGACUACAUGCUAAACAUUCCUCGUCUUCUAGAUGAUGUAUGUUUAUACUUUAAGCUAAAGAGAUGCCACGUUUUUGAAAAAAGCCGCAGCGUGACGUUUGGGUUUUAUGUUAUUUUUACGUCGCGUCUUCUUCUGUGAGUUUAUUGGUCGGUUGCAGAGCAGAAAUCCGAUUACUGUCUGACUCAUGUAGGCCGGAGUUUCCCCACUAUCUGAUUACUCAAGCGCAUGUAAACACGUUGAUCGAAUUUCUGACAGAUUCAGGUUUUCUGCAGUUCUCGGAUUAUUAAGUGCAUGUGAACGCGCUCAGUGACUGACUGAGUGAAUGACUGGAGUAAUACUGAUGAUAAACUGUUGAAUGAGGAUGUGGCGAGUAUUUAAACGCUCUGUCAGGGCGGGAACUCUUCCAUUGAUGCGAAUGGAAGGAUGGAGUUUAGACUCCUAAAACCAAAAAAAAGAGAGAUAUAAGCAUCUAAAACGGCUGAAAAGAACAUGAAUGGAAGGUUUAAAGUAAAUGGAACGGCCUUCAGGACGAGCAGGAGAUCAGAUCAGAUCAGAUCAUCCUGACCGGCUUCACUGCUCUACAGAACGAACACCAGGUUUUCCGAAUAUUUUGUUUGUAAAAGUGAAAAAGGAGACGCACGCCUCUCGUCUCCGUUCUGAAGUCUGCUUUACUGUGAAUGUCCUUUACUCUUGUUACCUCGUUGUUCUGAUGUUCAGGUUCUCAAAGUGAGAUUUUCUGGUGAGCUUGAUAUCUUGAUGCUGUCCUGGACAUUCCCACUGGACUCUGUUAAGCUCUGGUCUUAGUCGUCCAGCUAACUGUAAAAUCCUGCUUUGCGAUGUCAAACUGGGAAAGUCUGCAUUUCUGCCGACAUUGGAUUGUAACAAAAACUCCAAAAACAAUGGCAGGAUCAAAAAAAAGCUUCCUGAAAUUCCUUAUAUCCUUUCUUGGAGGAUGUUUUCUGUACGGAUUUGAUCUAAAACUCUACAAAAAUGGAAUGUUGGGUCUGUAUUUCCAAUGUCGUUGUUAAAGUCAGAAAUAUAUUUAUAAUAUUUUCCUAAGACAAAACGGGGGAUCGUGACCCCGCAGUGGUAUUGCUGUGUAGCAGUGAGCGUCGUCCCCCCUUUGAAGGAGGGAAAUUGAUGUUUUUACUGUCGUUUUUCGUUUCUUUAUUGCGUUAAUCGAGCGUCGGGAACACGUUGAUUUCUGUGGCCAUUUCACUCUCAUGAAUUUAAACCUGAGUUUAUAAGUUCUGUUUUGCAUUUUUGUACUUUUGCUUUCAAUCAUUGUGCUUGUAAAAAUGUAUGUUAAUUUAUUUUGUACGUGUGUUCGUUUGUUUUGCGGAUGAAAGAAAAAAAAUAAAUAAU